AUGACGGCACCGAUCACUCUUUUCCUUACUUUGCUGGCUGCACAAUGGAGUCUUGUGCAAUCAGCUGCAACCUUUCGCAGUUACAAUACGACUGGCUUGAAUGCCACAGAUCUUCCGUAUAACCCACGGCCUGCACCGUCAUAUAUGGUUGACAACCAGCACAACUACUUUAAAACCGCACCCGAUAAGGGCAAGCAGAAUGGCCCUGUCUGGGCUUACUCAGGCAGUCUGGAAAACUACUUGAGCAAUCUUCAGAGCGGCACUAUACUACGCGGCGGCUAUGCCGGGUCUAAUGGUACCAAUUCAACAAACUUUAAGCGCCCUAGUCACAAACGACAGUCUACCUCUGACUUCUGGCUCUCAAGGCUUGGACCCUUGGGCACGCAACCAAAUGCUGGAGGAAACAACUACCAGUUCUUUCGCAAUGUUGUUGAUGACUUUGGUGCCGAUAAUUCGGGAAAGACAGAUACAGCUGAGGCACUCAACGCGGCUUCAGCCAGUUGGAACAAGGACUCAGUUGGUGGCUCGCAGACGCGAUGCGGCGAGAAAUGUGGCAACACAUUUUCGCAGGGCGCCAUUGUUUUCUUCCCGGGAGGCACCUACAAAAUUUGUUCACCCGUGAUUCAAUAUUACUACACACAAUUUAUUGGAGAUCCCAACGACAUGCCCAUUAUUAAAGGCUGCGAUGAAUUCCAGGGCAUUGCUCUCUUUGAUGUGGAUCCCUACAUUCCCGGCGCCUCGGGCCAGCAAUGGUAUAUCAAUCAAAAUCAGUUCUUUCGGCAAAUCCGCAACUUCCACUUUGAUCUCACUGACAUGCCGGAAUCAACUGCCGAGAAUGACCAGGACCUCGUGCCCACGGGGAUUCAUUGGCAGGUGUCUCAGGCCACGUCGCUGCAAAACCUAGUGUUCGACAUGCCCACCACGAGCACCACUACCCACGUAGGUAUCUUUACCGAGAACGGGAGCGGCGGGUUCGUGUCAAAUCUCGAAUUCAAUGGCGGAAACAUUGGUUGGCGCGCUGGCUCUCAGCAGUAUACUGCGCGCAAUUUGGUUUUCAACCAGUGCAACACGGCAGUACAAAUGGUUUGGGACUGGGGCUGGACCUGGCAGCAGAUCACCGUCAACGGCGGGUCCAUUGCCUUUAACAUUUCGGGAGUAGGCGGCGACAGCGGCCAAGGCAUUGGGAGUGUAUCCAUUAUAGACUCUGCCAUCAGCGACGUGAAUAUUGGCGUCUUGACCAACAGUCUCGCCACGUCUCCCAACAUUGUUCUUGACAACACCAAGUUCAAUAGUGUAGCCAACCCGGUCAUGCAGGAAAAGGGCAGCACAAUCCUGUCAGGGAAUUCUGAUCUCUGGGCUACGGGCAUGCGAUAUGAUGGAUCAGAUGGCUCAGCACAGACUGGCAACGUUGACGCUCCUGGAAGGGGCAAGGGCCUGGAUGACUCCAAUGGGCUGCUCUACGUGCGCUCCCGUCCCCAGUAUGAAAAGUUCAGUCCUGAUUCCUUCCUGGUUGCGACCUCGGAUGGCGGGUGCAAGAAUGAUGGCACUGGCGACCAAGCGUCUUGCAUCAAUGGCUUUCUCCGAGACGCUUUGGAUUCUGGCAAGAUUGCCUACUUUCCAGCCGGAGUUUACGCAGUUGGUUCUACAGUCAAUAUUCCAACCGGCUCAGUCGUACAAGGUUCCUUGUGGUCCCAGAUUAUGGGAUCAGGUUUUUACUUUAGCGACAUACAAAACCCCAAAGUCAUGGUACAAGUCGGCAACAAGGGUGAUAUAGGCAAGAUGGAAAUCACCGAAAUGUUAUUCUCGGUGCGUGGUGCUACUGCCGGCGCCGUCCUCAUGGAGUGGAACGUCGCCGCGAUCGAUCAAGGAGCGGCGGCAAUGUGGGACUCGCACUUCCGGGUUGGCGGCGCCCUCGGCACCGAUCUCGACUUGAGCACAUGCCCCAAAUUCAGCCACAACGACGAGUGUAUCGCUGCCUCGCUCAUGUUUCGCGUCACAUCCCAGGCGAAUGGCUAUUUUGAAAAUGUGUGGGCAUGGGUAGCCGAUCAUGACAAUGACAAGUCCAUUUACAAUCAACCCGACUCGAGCUCUACGCAGAUUUCCAUCUUCGGCGCUCGCGGCAUGCUGAUUGAAUCCGAGGGCCCUUCAUGGUUCUUGGGAGGUGGCUCUGAACACUCGCUCCUCUACAACUAUCUCCUCAGCGGCGCCAAGAGCGUGUACAUGGGUCAUUUGCAGACCGAGUCACCUUAUUACCAGCCCAACCCUGGGCCCCCAGCACCGUUCCGGGCGGCUUCGGCGGCGAUAUUCCCCAAUGACCCAGACUUUAGCGAAUGCGAAGUGACAGCCGAAGUGUGGGAUGAUCGCUGCAAUUAUGCCUGGGGCAUGCAGAUUAUUGAUUCGCAAGAUGUCACCAUACACUCUGCUGGAUUAUACAGCUUCUUUAACGAAUAUUAUCAAGACUGCAUACCUACGCAAAAUUGCCAAGAUCGCAUCCUUGAGGUCAGGGGCUCAAGCGGUGUCGUCAUUUACAACUUGUUCAGAGUGGCAACCAUCAACAUAGCUAGUGGUAUCGAUAAUACCAAUGUGCCUCAGGAUGGCAACCAGCGUGGUUUCACCACUGAGGUGAGCGUGUGGGUACCGCUCCCUGGGGAUGAUAAUGUCGACAUUGUGUGGGUCGGCACCGACGUGUGGGCCACGCCAACGGUGACUUGCUCGACCCAAUCUUGCAUGUUGAUCAUUCCAACCUCCUCGUUGGAGUCUACAACCACUAUCCAGCCCAGCGACUACACAACCUCGCUAGAGUAUGGGGGACUAUCAAGCACCACAAUCGGUGGUGUGCCAACCACUGUCUUUGUCACCACUACCACUACCAUCACAAUCUCGGUCCCUUCCAUUGUCACCGAUGGUAUCGGCUACUCAAAUGUUAACAUAUCAUCGUCGGGGGAAAUGCCCAUCACCAUCUAUCCCAGCGUGAGCAUCCCCCCAGUGAUUGUAACAUUGCCAGAUGGGUCGGGCAGCGAGACGACGCGAACAGUUCCUCUACCACCUUGGCCCCAGAUCGACGGGGGUCCCUCCGUCAUCUAUACAGACCCGGGAACCCUACCAGCCGACAGCAGCACGGGCCUCCCGACCAGCACGACAUACUAUACUCCUCUUGGUACCACCAUCACGGUCCCCGGCGCGACAGUGACGACGGUGACAUUUCCAGGCUCAACUGGAGCUAUUACUAUUGGCUGUCCGGCCGAGACGUCCAUUGUGUUUGCCACACCAGCAGUUAUUGUCGCCACAACGUGUACAGAGUCGGCUGAUUUAACCUUGGACUUUGCGUGCCCGAGCACCCGGGUUCUUACCUUUCUCGGAGCCGCUACAGCAGUGGCCACGGUCGACUGCUCCCUAAUUACUGCUUGGACUACAGGUGCAACCUCAACCACCACACCGCUGCCGGUGUUCGCGACCUGGCCAUCCUACGGCCAGAUAGUCCCCGAGGAAGAGGAAAUCGACGAACCCGAGCCUGACGAUGACGGCGUACACGUGCCGUGCACGGCCUGGUUCUUCUUCUUGUGCAUCUCGUGGGACAAUCUCCACGUUCGGUCCUGGCACUGGAUCUUGCCGCCGGGUAUCUACGGGCCGGGACCACCGCCAAUCAACAUCAUCAAACUCCCACCUGGCGUCACAAUCCAGGGAACUCUUCCGCCCUGGCCCAAGAUCACAAUUGGACCGGAUCACCAACUCACCACCGAGUCGGAGCCCGAAUGUGAAACGGAGACGGCCGAGGCCUGCACAACAACCAAUUACGUCUCGGACGGCACAACGGCUUCGUCGACCACGGAGUGUGAGACCAUUACCGGAUGUUCCCUCAGUGUCUCGGACUCGACCACGGCCGUGAUUGGCGACCAGACGGCCGCGCCCGUUGGCACUUGGGGCGAUGAGCAAUGGCCGAUCAUGACGCUGGGCGAGGCCUACACGAGCGCGAUAUACGCGUCCAUUAUGGCGCGUCUGGCUCGCGAGGAGGCCAGUGACGGUGGAACGACGCUGUCGUUUACACCCGGCCCUACUGCAGGGCCGUCAUGCAAAGGAGGGAGCACGGCAUGUGGUGGCACCAUUUGCUCAGGCUACUGGUGUAAUCCGACCCCAACGGGUGCGCCGCCGGGCUACCAAGACCCAAAGGAUCCAAGCUCUGGUGGAUUCUCGGCGUCCACCACAACCAUUGGCGGUUCCACCACGUCGGUUCCUCCCACCGCCUCACCCGUCACGCCGCUGGAGCGAGGUCCCAUCAACUGCUUCAACGAGGCCGACUUCCCUGGCCACGGCGACCUCCAAUCGGGGGACCAGGACGAGUACUCGAACGACUUUAGCAACCUGAGGGGCCAGUUAGACGACGACUCCAUCGGACCCGGCGACGCACCGUAUACCCUGAGGAGAACGGACUCACACGGCAUCAAUUACGACUUUUCUUGCUCGUGGGUAGCCGGAUGCGUCACCGAGGUCGACAGACAGAGCUUCGGAUUCCCGCUCGGCUCGCCUACCUCGAGCCAGAUCACUGCUUACUUGCUGGUUCGGGAGGAUUAUACUAAAUGCUGCAUCCAUCCCGUCUCGGGUCUUUGUGGCAAGGGCUAA